AAUGCUUGCUCAGGAGGUUUCACAUAUGUAACCUGGAGCAAGGUGCCUUUUUGACUCUGAUAACUAUAGAAAGCACGUGAUUCUGACAGAUAAGUGCUGGUCUUGAAUUUUUCCUUUUUCUUAUUUAACAAAGAGCUCAGAACUUCUUAUUAGCCUUGCAGACACCUGCAACCCUUUGCUGCUUCCUUUGGUAGAUAUCCUGACUUUUGAAUGUGUGGAAAAUGCAGAGGAAAAAAAAAGCUCCUCCAGUGUUGUUUCCUGCAAAGACCAUUCUUAAGAGCUCGUUGGACAGCGCAGGACUCUUGAAGUGAUAGCUAAUUGGUGAAAGAAAGGCCCUGAUUGUCUUGAGGGAGCUGGAAAGUGCUGCGUGUGCUGCUGAAAGGGACUAGGGAGAAGGUGCCUGGUUUCGCUGAGCAGCUGCUGCUGGAGAUGUUUGGAGAUUACAUCAGCAUUGGAAAAAAGGGGCCAAAAAAAAAAAAAAAGUCCAACUUCACAGAGACGGAGUUUAUGGAGGUUUUUUUCUCCCUUCCAAAGGUCUUCUGACAAUACUGUCAUUGUCAAUAUAAGAGUUGUUAAUUCUUUAUGAAUAGCACAUGGGGCCUCUUGACUAAAUAGUACGUUACAUGUCCCAAAUCUGUCAGCUGGACUCUUCUCUCUCAUGCUAGUGAGAUCACUUUGAUUGGAAUGUUAGAGGAAUUGCUGGGCUGGCCGUGCAGAACUGAAUACUGCAUUAUAUAAUUAGAUCUCCCAGAGUAUUUUUUUCACAUUACCUCAUUAUUCUAGCUUAAAUAUGGAAUCAGUCCUUUUGAUGGUUUUACUGGUUGUAAUUAUAUUAAUACGAUUCAUUUUGUGGUCCUGUCUUAGUGCUUAUAUAGAUUAUAAACUGUCCCGAAGGUUUCCUGACACAAGAAAAGAGGACUAAGGGACUUCAAAAACCUCGUUCAGAUUUGAAUUGACAAUGGGGAGAGCUGGAUAAGGUAAAUGAAGCUAGAGCAGCUUUUACCUUGGGAUCUGAUGAGAGAGAAAUGACCUGUUGAGACUCCAGCCAAGUGAAGAUUCUGCAGAAAGCCUCACGCUGACGGAGGGGAAGGAAUGACAACUGAUUGAGUCAAAUGACUUCCUAUCCAACUUCGGAAUGAAUUUGCUGUUGGGAACAGACUUGUGGACUUCUGCCAAUUAAAUGAUAUGGACAAGCUGGAAGGAGCCCUCUGCCUGGGCAACCCAAGAGUGCUCAGUGUCCACGUGCCACCCUGUGGGCUGGCAGGAGCGGGUUUUUACCUGGCUGGUUGAUUUGUUACCAAAUUCCUCAUGGGUCUUCCCAGUCAGAUCUGAAACUGACUGAAUGGCUUUAGCUGACCAUAACCUGCCAGAUAUUCACAUUUCUUAGCAAGAGAUAUAUCUGAGUACCAGUACAAGGUGGAUACCACCGGAAUAAUCUGUUCCAUGGAUUUGUGUCUCAGAGAUUGUCUGAUGGACUCUGGCUGUGCUUCAGCACCAACAACGGAUGGGGUGACAAAAUGAGUGAGUUUUGACACCAAAGCCCUGCAAGGGGCCUUCAUGUCUAGCCUUAAAUAAGCACCCUGCUUGGACACUGGAGGAUUUGACUACUUGCCCAAGGACAAAGUGACUUGAACUUUCUUGGUUAAGUUCCUUGGCGAAAGGAAAUAAAUUUUUCUGAGUAAAUUGCCUUCUUUAAAAUAACUUAAAAUAGUUAUAUUAAGUCAAACAACCUAAAUCUCACGGCAACUCAGUGUAAUACUGUCUUUUGAGAACUGAAUUUUUCUACAGUAAAGAUAGGAAAAUUGUAUUACCUUGCCUGAGAAAUGCACUAUCCUUGGCCCAGUCACUCUUAGAAAAAGUCCUUUUUUUGUUUGAUCAUCUUCUAUCUCAUGUGAAAAUGAAGGUUACUGUUUUACUGCUUCAUAUACUUAUUUCUAUAUCUCUUGGUAGCUCACAUGAUGAUAUCAGAGUUCAGCUAGGUAAAAGCCUACAGUAUUCCCAUACAGAGUUUCUGGCCCAUUUAUGACUCACACACUCCUACAGGCUUGUCAUUAGUAACUGUUCAUCAGCUCUUAUCAUUUUGUAUUUUAAAGCCUCCUAAAAAUCAGACAUGAGAGCUGGUAUGUGCUUAGGCAGUGGAACAGGGUAAAUGUCAGGUCAAUUGAUUUCAGCCUCAGAUUUUAUUUAUGGUGGAUGACCAGUCUACAAAACAGCCUGUAAUGCUUGAAGGUGCAUGUCAUGGGUUUGAAUUUCUGGCAGAUGACAAUAAAUUAUAUGUAGAUGUAA